AUGGUUUCGUUGAAUCCCGUACGCAUUUUGAAACGCGAAGCUGAAGAAGACCGAGGGGAAAAUGCACGUCUGUCUAGUUUCAUCGGUGCUAUUGCCAUUGGCGAUUUGGUCAAAAGCACACUUGGUCCAAAAGGCAUGGACAAGAUACUAAUUUCUGUGGGUCGUGGUGGUAUGGAUUCUAAAGUUGAAGUGACUAAUGACGGUGCGACAAUAUUAAAAAAUAUUGGAGUUGAUAACCCAGCAGCUAAAAUAUUGGUCGACAUGUCGAUGGUUCAAGAUGGUGAAGUUGGUGAUGGUACUACAUCAGUCACUGUGUUAGCUGCAGAAUUAUUACGUGAAGCAGAAAAAUUAGUAGAUCAAAAAAUUCAUCCACAGAUCAUUAUUGCUGGGUGGAGAAAGGCAACACAGAUAGCGCAUGAAGCUUUACAGAUGGCUUCAUUAAAUCAUAGCAAAAAUGAAGCUGAAUUUCGAGAAGAUUUAUUAAAUAUUGCUCGUACAACAUUAAGUUCUAAGAUCUUGUCUCAACAUAAAGAACAUUUUGCCAAACUAUCAGUAGAUGCAAUUUUGAGGUUAAAAGGAUCUGGAAACUUAUCAGCUAUACAAAUUAUAAAGUUAAAAGGUGGUUGUUUGGAAGAUUCGUUCUUGGAUGAAGGUUUUCUUCUUGACAAAAAGAUCGGCCAAUUUCAACCAAAACAUUUAGAAAAUGCUCGUAUAUUAAUAGCUAAUACACCUAUGGAUACCGACAAAAUAAAAGUUUUUGGAUCUCGUAUCAAAGUUGAUUCUAUGGCAAAGGUUGCAGAACUUGAAUUAGCAGAAAAAGAAAAAAUGAAAGACAAAGUUGGCAAAAUCCUUGCCCAUGAAUGCAACGUGUUCAUUAACAGGCAAUUGAUCUACAAUUAUCCAGAACAACUUUUUGCUGAUGCUGGUAUAAUGGCUAUUGAACAUGCUGAUUUUGAUGGCAUUGAACGUCUAGCAUUAGUCACUGGUGGUGAAAUUUUAUCGACCUUUGAUUCACCUGCGAAAGCCAAGUUGGGAACAUGCAAACUUAUUGAAGAAAUAAUGAUUGGUGAAAGCACUUUAUUGCGUUUUUCUGGUGUGGCUCUUGGCGAAGCUUGUACUAUUGUCAUUCGUGGAGCGACUGAACAGAUUAUUGACGAAGCUGAUCGUUCUAUACAUGACGCCUUAUGUGUUUUAUCAUCUACUGUCCGUGAGCCAACUAUUGUCUAUGGUGGUGGCUGUAGUGAAAUGUUGAUGGCAAACGCUGUAAGUGCUGAAGCCGCAAAAACGCCAGGCAAAGAAGCUGUAGCCAUGGAAGCAUUUUCUAAAGCACUACAAUCUCUUCCCACAACUAUAGCUGACAAUGCUGGUUUGGAUUCAGCUGAAUUGAUAAGUGGAUUAAGAGCUGCUCAUGCCCUAGGCAAAAAUACUACUGGUUUAGAUAUGGAAAAUGGUUGUUUGGGAUGUAUGCAUGCAACUGGAAUCACUGAAUCUUUUGUUGUUAAGAGACAAGUACUUGUAUCUGCUGCAGAAGCUGCUGAAAUGAUUCUUCGUGUGGAUUGCAUUAUCAAGGCUGCACCGAGAAAGCGAGUUGAAGACCGUGGUCAUUGUUGA